AUGAGUACUUCCAUCCGAACAUUUGUCGACAAUUAUGUAGUAUGUCGAAAGUCGAAGGGACCUUCUGUGCUGUGCAAGCGCAACUUCAUCCCAUUCGUAAACCUACUGCUGCAUUUGAGGAAAGUAGUUGGCCGAGGGAGACCACGCAAAGUUGCGCACGACCAGCUACGCAUAGCACCAAUACCUGGACAACAAUUGGCCAUGUCGGCGUGUUCAUCUGAAGAAGAUUCCGCUUGGCAACCAUCUACAGAUACUCCUGAGCCGUUACCUUCCACCUCGCGGGACCCCAAAAUGAAGCCA